AUGGGGGCAGGUGCGUUCCUAGAACCGCUGGCGGUUGUUACUCUGCUAUUUGGGGGCGCAUGGGUCAACCGUGCAACCGACUACCGCUUUACUACCAGAAAUCAACACUGGGAUAAAGCGUUGCCCGAAGCAUAUGGAGUCGAUGUGAACGCAGACCUCGACAUCGAAGAGGCACGCCUGUCUCAAGGCAAGAGGUCCCUGUCACCCUCUCUGCUACCUUCCCAAGAGAACAAAUGGCGAGAAAGAGAGAUAAAGAUCAUGGGAUACCACCGAGUGAUUGAGACACCAAACACUGCGGUGUUUCGUAACCGUUUUUUGAGCAGGAUCCUUCACAAGUUUCCAUUCUUGGUGGAAGGCUGGUACUGGGCUCUGAUAUACUGGGUAUAUCAGCUGGGCCGUGCUUUCACAGCAGUCACUUUGGUCGAAGGCACAGUACACGUCGCACGCCGGCAUGCUAUUCAAGUGAUCGAAUGGGAACAGCGACUCCACAUCUUUUGGGAGAUCCCGAUUCAAGGGUUCUUUAUGUCCUACCCUCGCCUACUGACCUACAUAAAUUGGUUAUACUCGUUCAUCCACAUCCCGGGCACCAUAGCGUUCCUCGUUUGGCUAUAUUACUACACCGUCACAAGCAAUCGACUUGUCCAGCAUCGAGGUAGUCGUCCGCAGGUCGGAGGACAAUCUUCGUCACCGGGUUCUACGUCAGGUCCUCUCCUGUACGAAGCCCGCAGACGGACUAUGGCCGUCUGUAACCUUCUUGCCUUCAUCGUGUUCACCGUCUGGCCGUGCAUGCCACCACGAUUGCUCAGCGACCCGGACUACAAUGGGCCACAGGCUGCACUUGCUAAGAGCUUUGGCUUCGUUGAUACGGUGCAUGGCAAGGAUGGUGCCAGCAGCAUCUGGACACAGAACAGGUGCUGCAAUCAAUAUGCUGCAAUGCCAUCCCUGCAUUUCGGUUACUCUUUAUUGGUAGGCCUUACCAUCAUGACAAUCCCGCUUGCUCCGGAGCAUCGACGUUCGAAAUCCAUCUACUUCCCUUUGUUCAACAAUUCGCAUCCCGAACUCGCACCUCAAAUCCGCCUUCCCAGCACUCGGCAGGCUGCCUGCUGGACCGUCGGUUUUCUAUACCCAUUCUCCAUCCUCAUUGCAAUUGUAUCGACUGCAAAUCAUUUCAUCUUGGAUGCCGUUGCUGGCGCCGUUAUCUGUGGUAUCGGAUGGAUCAUCAACGAUGUCUUGUUGAACUUGCUGCCGCUGGAAGAUUGGUUCCUAUGGGUCGUGAGGAUCCACAAGCCUGUGCAGAUGCCGCUUGGAAGAACAAGAGGGCUUGACUUGGAAGAGAAGUUCGAGGGGCGGCAUCCGGAGACACCUGUUGUGGUGAACAUGUGA